AUGCUCGGUGGUCAGGAAAUCGAUCCUCGACUUGGUGUCGGAGUCAAAUUCGUCGGCCCACGGCUCGGCAAAGUGAAUGUAGCUAUUCAACUGAUUUGCCAAGCGUACUGCACUUUGGAGUUUUCGGUCUAUCCGUUUAAGAUGGAUGAGUGGCUUUUGGAACCCGGCCUCUCGGAGGACUGGCCCCGAGGGGUGUCCCAGUUGAGUUUUGAGUUGGAAAAAGUUUUGUUCAGGGAACCCUCUGAGGGGCGUAUGCUUUAUGCCCGAUUCAACAUUAACGGUACUUUGAUUGUACGAGCGUCAGAUAUCUUUGAUUUCAAGAAGAAGAACCAAGAGGGAUUUGACCUCUUCAUACGCUACUACAACUGCGAACCCGAAGAUACGGCCCGUCCUGUCGAAAAUUCUCCAUCUCCCACGAUCAUCAUCGGCCGUACCUCGCAAGUCCAGAAUUGUUAA